AUUGCGUCUUGCUUCAUUCACUGCAUCUUUGGUCCCGCAAGAGCUUGGCCUUUCUUGUUUCAUGAUCCAAGCAUGCUCAUAUCAUUUUCCCACAGCAACUCGGCAUGAGCUUCAUGCACGGUACUUGGGGCUGUACUGUAUGUCGUGGCGAACGACAGUUUGUUUCGUUGAGCGCUGGGUUCAAAACUGGCAUUUUCUCGUGUCUCGCUGCUUUGCCAGCGAAAGGCUGCCUCGCACUACGAUGACAGGCUCCCGAUGAAGCAGCCGCUUUUCAAAAUCUCACACCAUGCGGGCGAGCCGGAUAUUGAGGAUGGGGCACGCCUUGUGGGUGUGCCAAGCGUCCGUCGCCAAAGUUGAGAUGUCGCCAUCGCUCCUUGUCGUUGACGCGGUCUGCUGUGGCACGACGACUCCGUGGCCAUGGCUGCGUGCGGCAAUUCAUGGUCGUCGCAUUGGAUUGGAGACGCCGAGAAGCGCGCUCAAUCAAAACCAAUUGAGGCGAGCGGUGGCAGCAGAGGCAGAUGGACGCUGCCGGUCGAGGAAGGCGCGAAAUGUUGCGCGGUUGCUCAUUGAGGAUUUUGUGCGCGACUCGAACACAACAGGAUGACGCCGACUUGGAACUAGGAUGGCGCUGACUUGAAUUGGCUUGGGCACUCAGGAUGGCGCGGAUGCUGACGAGCGCGGUUCGGCCCCCAAAAAGAUGCAACGUAAACACGGUUCGUCAAGCAGUCCUGUUGUCUCCAUGCAUGUUCGCCAUGCCUCAAAAAAACCAAGGUCGUUCAAUCCUUCGUGCCGUGUGUGGACAAAGUCCCAUCACCGAUACGGACAGUGGCCUCAGCACCGUUCCAGUCUCGAGCGGCAGCACAUUUGGUGAGAGGAUGAGCCACCUAUUGGUCGACGGCAGAGCAAGAUCGCAUGUAAUUUUUUAUCAGCCCGCUGGACAAGAAGAAGGACGCACGCUGAAUCCAACUUGCUCAGUCGCCAAAGGCGUGACGGAAUCCACGCAAGUUGCCAUUGUUGAUCCUGUCAACUGUCAACUGUCAAAAGCAAGUCUCUGCCGUUUCGGCGACGCGGCUCCAAGCCCCCCCCCCCUUCUUUAUGCGUCCGAGUUGCUACGUCUCGCGCGCGGUCUGCUGCUCCAGCUGUCUUCCGCCGAGCCUUAAAACCCGUGCCGAUGCUGAUUCUUGUGUCUGAACCUCGCUCGGAUUCCGUUUUUAUGAAAUCUCGGAUACGUAUUUUCCCACUCAAGCAUGUCUUUUGGCCACUCCUUUCUUCUGACAGAUUUUGCUGUGGGCAUUAUUUCUUUCUUCUCGCCUUCCUUUUUUUCUUUUCUUCUCGCUUUUUAUUUUUCUUCUUUCAAUCUUGUUUCGGGCCGUUGUCGUGUUGGUUGUUUGAUUUUCUGCAACCUCCCGCAUCAAGUGCCCUCCUACACCUCUCUUCCUCCACUUUGAUUGACGGCGAACGAGAGCACAACUUGCCUCAAGCUGAAACGCAAACGGGAUCUCCUCAACUGUAUCAUUGAUGCAAGAGCCAAGCGAGCGUCCAGCCACAACUACCACCACAACCACCACGCGCGAGACAGCGUGCCGCACCAAGCCAAGCGUUUUCCGCAGUGGUUCGCACGAGGGCGGCGCGACGAAGAUGGAUUCGGUUGCCGGCGUGCCGCUGUUCACGACCGUCUCGGGUCGGUUCAAGCUGUGCCGCGGCGAGUUUGGCCUCGAGAACUCAAAGCUGCUCUGGUGCACCGACUGCCGACGGAAAAAGAGCUGCCACUACUUUCACGAGAUUGUUGGAGUGCUGCCCACGUUCCUGCUGCACUGCACGCGCGCACAUCUUGUCGCCAUGGGUGCGCGGGUGGGCGUUGACGCGGCUUGCAUCUCGGCAGCUCGGAUUGCCGCGGAGACUGGUCCCGUGGUCGCCGACCGCCGCCAAGCUGAGGUGAGCAAGCUGCGAGCACUGGCUCGCAAUCCGGGCAAGAAUGGCAAGCGUCGGGAAAUAGAACAGCUUUUGUCGAGCUGCUGCGUUGCGACAGGCCACUGCAGCAUGCAUGGCGCGGACAGCCUCGCUGCACCCGGUGAUGCCAAUCCGACCUCGCCGUCAGCCUCGGCGGUUUCGGGUGGCCAGACUUUACCGGCAGGUGCAGCUCGUGGAAUUGAAGCUCUGUCGGACACUCCUGUGAAAGAACGUGUAUCCUCAACUGCGCGUGGUCCAGAAGGACGGUCAGACACGAGAGCCUUCCGGUCUUCGAAGCGCAAAUUGAGCUUCUCUGAGGACGACACACCCGAGGGCGGAUUGCCAGAGACCAAGCGCUUCAGCUUUGGUCAGCCUCCGCCUGUUUCAGCAGCCAAUCCAGCCAUUCGGGUCUCGAUUGCAAAAAGCAUUGCAAAUGAGUCGACUCGUAAAGUGGGUGCAGCAACCAGGUAUGAUUUGACGCGGGCUCAUCCGUUCGUGUUUGAUCGUCCGACCCAGCCUGCACCGCCGCCGAGCGCUGUGCAAUCGACCAAGACUCGUCCGCUCGCCCUCGCGCUCCUGAUUGGCACUGCUGGAGGCCACCAAGUGCACGCAGAAGAGCCCAAGAGCAUCUUGCCUCAAAACAGCGAGUCUCAGUGGUCGACCACCGCGACGCAUUGCCCAUCCGAGUCGGAGCCCUUGACAGUUCCGGCUGAGGCGACGACGGAUCCAGAGGCCGUCCACGCAAAUGAUGCAACGACCACGCAGCAGCUGCCGAGGCCAAGCACCACGCGUACGACUCUGACAUCACCCGCCGUCGAGCAGCCUUGCCACAAACCUGGCUGCAGCACUGGUGGCAAUCAUCGCGCCAUCCGUCGGUUUGCCCAUUCCACACCCAAAAGACCCCUCAUCCGAGCGCGUACAUCACCGCCAUCGAUCAAGCAGCUCAUAGAGGAAGCCUCGCAGCCACCGCUGUCACACCGCGUCCCGUCCUUUGAAAUCGCCCGGGCGGCGACUGGCACGUCGCUGCAUCGAUGGGUGGUCGAACUGGUCACCAAGUCUGUGGAUGAGCACUUUGAGCGGUACUCCCCCCGUUUGCGCAACACUUUGCGCCACUUUGCUCAUCGCCGAGGAGCAACCAGUGGUGCCAGGAGCCGCGGGAGCGAACCUCCGAAAAGGCCAGAGCAGCCGCGCCACGUUCCAAUGCACGGAGUGAUGCUGAGCUACGACGACGCCACGUCCAACGUUUUGGACAUGAUGUUGGAUGACCCAGCCAUGGAGGAUGCCGCGUUUCUCCUUGCAACUGAAAUCGAGGUGCUUCCAGAGCCAGAUCUUGACGUUGCCCGCACAGUCUCGCCAACGCGAGCGUCGAGGAAUGACAACAUGAUCCUACCGUCGUCACUUCAACGCAAACAACACGCCGAGGUGCCAGAUUCUCAACGCGACAGCGCUCUGAACACCCAGUCCCAACGUGAUUUUAUCGGGGACUACUGUGACAUGUAGCAUCGCACAGAUCAUUCAUGUCUCCUCGGUAAUUUCUUUUUGUCCUUCUUGAUUUCCGUUUCUGUUUUUUGUUGAUUCUCGUUAUUUGUCGUUUUUCUCUCUUUGUCGAAUUCCCUCAUAAAUUCGUGUUGUCGAA